AUGACCUGCCUUUCUGACAUGUUGAUUGCAAUAACGUACACCAGUGUAUACACCGCAAAAACUAUGUUAUCAGCACAAACUUUACCGCCACUACGUAUUCUGUCUAGCUUGGGUCUGCCACUGGUCUGCCAAUGGUGCGAUCGUUCGAAGGUGGGAGAAGAGCUUCCGUCUUGUUUUUUUGCUACUUCGUUCGGCGUCAUGCGAGCGAUCUCGGUGGUGUUUGCUGGCCUUUUGGCCAUGGCUGUGGCUAGUAGCGAGAAAAAAGUCGUAUGCUACUUUAGCAGUUGGGCAGUUUACCGUCCAAAUAAUGGCAAAUUCGACAUCUCACACAUCGAUCCAUCUCUGUGUACACACAUGAUCUACGCGUUCGUUGGCAUUACCGAAGACGGCGAUGUGAAGGUGCUUGACGCCGGGCAAGACUUGCCUGAUAAUUACGGCAAGGACGGCUUUAGUCGCUUCAACAAAUUACGCGAAAUCAGUCCCCAGACUAAAACCAUGAUCGCCAUCGGUGGUUGGAACGAGGAAUCGGUCAGAUAUUCCCAGGUUGUCGGCAACCCGACCAUCCGCAAACGCUUCGUUGAGAACAUGGUCAUGUUCGUCAAGAAGUACGGUUUCGAUGGACUCGACAUCGACUGGGAAUACCCUAACCAACGUGGGGGAGUUCUAGCCGACAAAGACAACUAUGUGGCUCUAUUGCGAGAACUCAGAGAGAAAUUCGACCAGGAGGAUCUCAUUCUGUCAGCUGCCGUUGCAGCCGCUGAGGUGUCCGCCAGCCAAUCUUACAUCAUCAGCGAAAUGUCCAAGUACCUGCACUUCAUCAAUUUGAUGACCUACGACAUGCACGGAAUCUGGGAAAAAAAGACUGGAAUCAACGCACCACUGUACGCUGGUUCUUGGGAGAAAACCGACGCUGAAAGGUGUCUUAACGUUAAUGCAUCGGUACACUACUGGCUGGAGAAUGGUGCUCCAGCUGAAAAACUGGUCCUUGGUGUGCCAUUUUACGGCCGUGGUUUCACCCUGGCCAACUCGCAAAUGAACGGAAUUGGCGCUCCAGCUAACCAACCGUCCAUGGCCGGUCCCUACACUCGUGAAUCUGGCGUACUUGGUUACAAUGAAAUCUGUGAGAAGUUUAUCAACGAGAAUUGGCAUAUUGAAUUCCAGGAGGAGCAAUACGUACCUUAUGCCGUAAGCGGCAACCAGUGGGUUGGAUAUGACGAUCAUCGCUCGUUGACUAAAAAGGCUGAAUUCGCCAAGAACUUGGGUCUCGGUGGUAUGAUGGUUUGGGGUGUUGAGACUGAUGAUUUUAAAGGUGUCUGUGGUGAUAAGUACCCACUCUUGAAAACAAUCAACUACGUUCUUCGUGAUGGUCAACCACCUCUGCCAACCAACCCGCCAGCCGAAACCACCGCUGAACCAUCAGCCAACCAACCCAAACCAACCGAAAUUUGCAAAAGUGAAGGCUACAGUAGGGACCCAAAGCAAUGCAACGUUUUCUAUUACUGUCAACCUGACUACAAUAAGUACAUCGUUCACGAGUUCUCGUGCCCCAAGCCUCUGGUCUUCGAUCUCAGAACCAACACCUGUAACUACUUAAAGUACGUUCAGUGCUGAGCAUGGAUUAUAAAAAACUAGAACAAUUUUAUUAAUUGCUGAUAUAUC